AUCAACAAAAAUUGUUGAACACGUCGGAAUAACAACACAUAAAAAUAGUUUCUACAGAUUGGAUUAUAGUUUUUUAGAGUUGAAAUUAACGGAAUAGAGCCAAAAUCAACAAGAUGGAUGACAUGGAGAUUGCUAGUGUGGGCCAUUUUCAGACCCUGGUCCGCUACAACAACCCGGUGCUCGUUGUCAAGCAUCCGGACAAAAAGGGCGCGCCGCUAACGGAGAUGGAAAUGAAGCGUCCCCAAACGGCUGGUGCCCUAUUAGAUACCAAGAAAGAGACUGAAGAGAUACUAAACUCUAUAUUGCCACCACGUUGCUGGGAAGAGGAUGGCCAAUUGUGGCAGCAAUCUGUGUCCAGCACACCAGCCACCCGCCAAGAUGUUAUUAACUUGCAGGAGAUGCUGGACACUCGCCUGCAGCAGACGCAGGCUCGCGAGACGGGUAUCUGCCCCGUUCGCCGUGAGCUCUACUCACAGUGCUUUGAUGAAAUUAUACGUCAGGUGACAAUUAACUGCUCGGAACGCGGUUUGCUACUGCUGCGCAUUCGUGACGAGAUCGCAAUGUCAAUGGAGGCCUACGAGACCCUUUACUGCAGUUCUGUGGCAUUUGGCAUGCGUAAAGCUCUGCAGGCGCACGAGGAGAAGGAAAUGCUCCGGGAUCGCGUCAAGACUUUGGAGUCGGAUAAGGAGGCACUCGAGGAAAUCAUUUCCGACAUGAAAAUGAAACAGGAGCAGGCCGAACGUCGCAAUGCUGAGCUGCGUGCCUCAGAGGAGAAGAAGUUUACCGAGGAGAUAACUUUCCUGAAGAAAACCAAUGCACAGCUCAAGGCCCAGCUUGAGGGCAUUACGGCACCGAAGAAAUAGAUGCUGCACACUGUGUGUGUGUCGUUGUUUGUAUUUAUCGAUUUUAAU